CGCGGGCCAGGCGGGAAGGCGGCGGGCAAGAUGGCGGCGGCGCUGCCGGAGCGGAGCUGCCUGGAGCUGAGCGCGGCCGCUCGGGGCCCAGCGCGGCGCCUCCCGGAGCUCGGCUUCACCCCCCCGGGCACGGCCCCGCUCCCCGCCGGCCGCUACGGGGACAGCGCGGGCGGCUUCUGCUACCGGGACAGCGCCCAGCUGGCGGCCGGCACCAGGAACCGCUUCGUGAGGUGGACCACAUCCGGAGACGCCGUGGAGCUGGUGGAGGAGUCCCUGGACGUGAACCUGCUCCACAACGCCGUGCGGCUCCGCAUCCACGGCUGCCCCCUGCUCCCCGGGGGGGUGCACGCCUGCGAGACGCAGAGCCACCUGGUGCUGCUGCUGCUCACCGGGCAGAGCGUGCACCGCCUGCUGCUGCCGCACCCCUGCCGCCUGCAGCGCAGCGAGCUGAUCACAGAGAGCCAGAUGCAGUCGGUGUUUGCAGACAUUGGCAAGAGCAGCUUCAGGGACCCUGUGAAUUACUGCGUGAUUCCCAACGUGCCAGGCCUGGCACCCAGCUCCGUUGCCUCCGCAGCGUGGCUCAGCAGUGAAGGGGAAGCUCUCUUUGCCCUGCCCUCGGCUGCAGGAGGGAUCUUUGUCCUUAAGCUGCCUCCUCACGAUGCACCAGGAGCAGUUUCCAUUGUGGAACUGAAGCAGAGCUCAGUGGUGCAGCGGUUCCUCACCGGCUGGAUGCCAACAGCCAUCAGAGGCGACUGCGGCCCCUCGGACCUGCCCAUCAGCCUCUCCGUGCACUGCCUCGACCACGACGCCUUUCUCUUUGCUCUCUGCCAGGACCAUAAGCUUCGGAUGUGGUCCUAUAAGGACCAAAUGUGCCUGAUGGUUGCAGAUCUGCUGGAGUUCAUGCCGGUGAGCAGGGACCUGAGGCUCGCGCUGGGGACCAGCCACCGCCUGCGCUUGGCCUUCUCCCCAUCCCUGGGGCUUUACCUCGGCGUCUACAUGCACGCCCCCAAGUGUGGGCAGUUCUGUGUCUUCCAGCUGGUGAGCACCGAGAGCAACCGCUACAGCCUUGACCACAUCUCCUCCCUGUUCUCUUCCCAGGAGACUCUCAUUGACUUUGCCUUAACCUCCUCGGAGAUCUGGGCGCUGUGGCACAACGAGGAGAACCAAACUGUUGUGAAGUACAUCAACUUUGAGCAGAACGUGGCAGGCCAAUGGAACCAGGUCUUUGUGCAGCCGCUGCCUGAGGAGGAGGUGACGGUUCGACACGACCAGGACCCCAGGGAAACCUACCUGGAGUAUCUCUUCACACCAGGCCGCUUCAGCAAUGCAGCCAUCCAGAAGGCUUUGCAGAUCUUUUCUCAAGGAACAGAGAGGCACAUGGAUCUGACAUGGGAUGAGUUAAAGAAAGAGGUUACCUUGGCUGUGGAGAGCGAGUUCCAGGGCAGUGUGACAGAGUACGAGUGCUCCCUGGAGGAGUUCUGGCAGCUGCAGGUGGAAUUCUGGUCCAAGUUCUAUGCGUGUUGUCUUCAGUACCAAGAAGCUCUGGCGAGGCCCUUGGCCCUGCACUUGAAUCCCCACACGGGCAUGGUGUGCCUGCUCAAGAAGGGCUCCCUGUCUUUCCUCGUGCCCUGCUCCUUGGUGGACCAUCUCUAUCUCCUCUCUAACGAGCACCUCCUCACUGAGGACGACGCUGCCAUCUUUGAUGAUUUGGAGAUGUCUCGUGAUGUUGUCUGUCUUGUCCAGUGCCUUCGCCUGAUCGGAGAAUCAAUUUCCAUGGAAAUGGCUUUCCUCAUGGAAAUGGCUUGCUCCCGCCUCCAGCCUCCAGAAAAGGCUGCAGAGCAGAUCCUGGAGGACUUGAUAGCUAAUGACACGGAGAACGUGAUGGAGGAUAUCCACAGCAAACUGCAGGAGAUCAGGAACCCCAUCCACGCCAUCGGAGUGCUCAUCCGAGAAAUGGACUACGAGACGGAUGCUGACAUGGAAAGAGCUCAUCACCUAAGUAUGCGCCUGAACCUCACCCAGCUCUAUGGGAGCGCUAUGGCUGGCAGCGUGGUUUGCUGGGGGGUGUGUAAAGUCGCCUCCAUCCGCUUCCUGAUCUGUCGGGACCUGUUGGUCCUCCAGCAGCUGCUCCUUCGCCUUGGAGAUCCUACGGUUUUGGGAGGGGGACAACUGUUCCAGUCCCAGCAGGACCUGCUGCACCGCACCUCUCCCCUGCUGCUCUCCUAUUACCUGAUCCGGUGGGCGAGCCAGUGCCUGGCCUCCGACGUCCCUGUGGACACCCUGGAAUCUAAUCUGCAGCAUCUCUCUGUGUUGGAGUUAGCAGACACCACUGCUCUGACAGCCCAUAGACUGGUAUCCAGCCCUCAGACAAUCGUGGAGCUGUUCUUCCAGGAGGUGGCCAGGAAGCACAUCAUCUCUCGCCUCUUCUUGCAGCCAAACACCACCUUGGCUGAAACAAGCUUGAACUGGCCCCAUCUCAUCACAGCCAUAGUGGCUGACUUCCUGCCCCUGCUAUGGCCCAGCAACCCCAGUUUCCUAUUCCCAGAGUGCCUGAUGGGGAACUGUCAGUACACCCAGCUCCAGGAAUACAUUCGCCUCCUGCAGCCAUGGUGCCACGUGAACAUGGGCUCCUGCUGCUUCAUGAUGGGCAGGUGCUACCUGGUCAUGGGUGAGGGCCACAAGGCUUUGGAUUGCUUCUGCCAGGCUGCCUCGGAGGUGGGGAGAGAAGAGUUCUUGGACAGGCUGAUCCAGCCUGAGGAGGGGGAGAUGGUCUCCACUCCACGCCUGCAGUACUACAGCAAGGUUCUGUGCUUGCUGGACAUGGUGGGUUUGCCAGAGCUGGUCAUCCAGCUGGCCACCCUGGCCAUCAUGGAGUCAGCGGAUGACUGGAGGAGCCAGGCUACUUUGAGGACUUGCAUCUUCAAACAUCACUUGGAUUUGGGACACAACAGCGAAGCAUAUGUAGCCCUAACGCAAAACCCCGAUCCGGGCAGGCAGCUGGACUGUCUACGCCAGCUAGUGGUGGUGCUGUGCGAGCGCUCCCAGCUCCAGGACCUGGUGGAAUUCCCUUACGUGAACCUCCACAACGAGGUGGUGGGCAUCAUCGAAUCUCACGCUCGGGCCGUCGACCUGAUGACCCACAACUACUAUGAGCUGCUUUAUGCUUUCCACAUCUACCGCCACAACUACCGCAAGGCUGGCACGGUGAUGUUUGAGUACGGGAUGCGCCUGGGCAGGGAGGUGCGGACGCUGCGGGGGCUCCAGAAGCAAGGCAACUGUUUCCUUGCUGCUGUCAACUGCCUGCGGUUGAUCCGGCCGGAAUACGCCUGGAUAGUGCAGCCAGCUCCUGGAGCAGUGUACGAGCGCCCCGGAGCAUCCCCAAAGAGAAGCCACGACGGGGAGUGCGCGGCUGUGCCAACAAGUCGCCAGAUCGACAUCCUGGAGCUGGAGGACCUGGAGAAGGAAUGUGUGCUGUCCCGCAUCCGGCUGACGCUGGUGCAGCAUGACCUGUCCACAGCGGCUGUGGCAGGCAAUUCCACACCCGAGGAAACGGUUGCUCUCCUGGUGCGGGCCGGGCUCUUCGACACGGCCAUCACUCUGUGCCAAACCUUCAAGCUGCCUUUGACACCCAUCUUUGAGGGACUCACCUUCAAGUGCAUCAAGCUGCAGCUGGGAGGGGAAGCAGCGCAGGCAGAGGCCUGGGAGUGGUUAGCAGCAAACCAGCUCUCUGCCCUGGUUACCACCAAGGAGUCCAGUGCCACAGAUGAAGCCUGGCGCCUGCUCUCAUCCUAUCUGGAGCGGUACCCGUCCCAGAACAGCCUGUACCAUCGCUGUGUCAUCAACAAGCUCCUGGCACACGGCAUCCCUCUGCCCAACUGGCUCAUCAACAGCUACAAGGAGGUGGAUGCUGCCCAGCUCCUGCGGCUCUAUCUCAACUAUGACCUGCUGGAGGAGGCGGUGGAUUUGGUCCUGGAGUACGUGGAUGCUGUGCUGGGCAAAGGGCACCGGUACUUUGGAAUCGAGUUCCCACUCUCAGCCACGGCCCCCAUGGUGUGGCUGCCCUACACCGCCAUCGACCAGCUGCUGCAGGCGCUGCGGGAGAGCACCACCAACCACCACAGCGUGGAGCUCUACCAGAAGCUCUCGGAGAAGAUGGAGGACUACCAGCAGAAGGUGAGCGUGGCCACCCGGGACCGCCUGUACCGCCGCAGCUAGAGCCAGCCCCAUAGCCCACGCCUGCAGGGGUAAACGG